GCAUAUGGAGAUAAAGUAAGCAGCGAGGCAAAGUUUGACAUAUGUGUUGAAUACUACUUUGCGGUUAUUUGCUUUGCACCUUCUCUGCCAUACAUUACUGAACAAAUAUAUCACCAACUAUAGCUGUAAUUCUGUGCACAGUCGAAUUGGCCGAAUAAGGAAGGAGGAGCUUAUCUAUGAUAAGCAUUCUGAAGAAAUGGGAGAUAUUCAUGUAGAUAGAUAUUAAACCACGUGAGGAAAAUAAAAGCAAAUGUAAAAGAGGAUAAGUUGAAUCAGUCGGCGCAGAAUGAUUUACAGACAGUCCGCAAUGCUGAAAUGAUAGAAUGGAGUGAAAACGCACAAGAAGACUUA